AUGGGGGAGAACACCAACCAGCUCCGGCACGGGGAGAGCCAACGAGUGCCAGCCGGGGCGCCGGGACAUCCAGCAGAACGCGCAGAACGACUAUGUGGACAAUGCAACGGGGAAACACUGAGUGCUGCAGACACAGAAGAGUACAGCCAGCACAGCAGUCGAUUCCACAAGCGCUGCAAGCUUGGGGGAAAGCAGACCGACCACUACCUUCCUCGUGUGGCACAGGAAAACCGGAUUUUCAUGAUGAAGUACCCGGACAAGGUCGAGCACAUGUUGCAACAAGCCCGAAGGAUCCGUAGAAAGAACGGCGCAAAGAGGGGAAAGCAGCCACAAGUGGUAACCACGCCACCAGAGCAGGAGCUACCAGAAGUGCUGGAACUUCCCAGAAGGGGGGAGCCGACCGCAAAGCACAAGGAGGAGCCCUACGCAGAAGACACCCCUCCCGACUGGGGGGAAGCGACGCAGACAAGAGCUCAGCAGAGAGUGGGAGAAGGAGGAGCAGUGACAAAAUGGGGAGGACCCAACAAACCACCAGUGGCCAUUGCAUGGGGACCAGCGGGGAGACCCUCCACACAGGCAGAAGCCGUGGCGUGCUCGCAGAACGAGCAUCAGAACCGGAGGGGGAGCCGCCAGCAAAGUCGCAGGGACAGGCCGUCACGUUAA